CCAAGCAGCGUGAGAGACGGCGCUGGGCAUGCUCAGUGUUGUGGCGUGUUGGGGCUCCUGCUCGCGCUGCACUGGUGGGGCUGCCAGGCUGCCGGGUUGGUGCGGGAGUCCAUCCCACCGUCACCGCCAGCUGCCGGCUUCCAGAAGGCCAAGCCCUCGCCACCUCUGAGAGUCUCGCUCCCGCCUGCUUCGAGUCCAGAUCACCUACCGCAUCCCACUCUUCCUCCAUCUCCCCUGUCCUAGGGAGGUGAAGCCAGGGCUCGGUUCUGGCGGCGACACAGACUGCUCCGCAAACCCCAGGCGAGGAUCCAGUGAUCGGAUCCCCGGGAUCAGAGGACUCUUUCUAAUAACACUUUGCUUGAAGUGGGGUCGCAGCGGAGUUUCUCCUCCGCCCCUCAAUGCAUACACUAUGCGGAGAGCAGUCGGCUUCCCUGUGCUGUGCCUGCUUCUUAAUCUUCAUGCUGCAGGAUGUUCCUCGGGAAAUAAUGAUCACUUUUUGGCUAUUCAUCAGAGGAAGAUUUGGAAACCAAUGUUCAUUUAUCACCGUUCACAAGAUAUUGAGAAGAGCCUGGAUAUAGCUCCACAAAAGACAUAUAAACAUAGCUAUCACUCCCCUUCUGAAGUUCAAAUAAGCAAAAACCACCAAAUUGUAAAUUCAGCAUUUCCUAGACCUGCAUAUGACCCAUCUCUUAAUCUGUUGGCUACAUCCGGUCAAGAUAUCGAAGUAGAAAAUCUUCCAGUCCCAGCAGCAAAUGUAAUUGUGGUGACACUGCAAAUGGAUGUAAACAAGCUGAAUAUAACUUUGCUUCGCAUCUUCCGACAAGGGGUUGCUGCAGCCUUGGGUCUCUUACCCCAGCAAGUGCACAUCAACCGUCUCAUUGAGAAGAAGAACAGCAUUGAAAUAUUCGUGUCUCCCAUAAACCAGAAAACAGGGAUUUCUGAUGCUCUGCCAUCCGAAGAAGUGUUGCGGUCUCUUAAUAUCAAUGUUUUGCGUCAGAGUUUGUCUCAGUUUGGAAUUGCAGACAUUUCCCCUGAGAAAAAUGUUUUACAAGGGCAGCACGAAGCAGACAAAAUCUGGAGCAAAGAAGGAUUUUAUGCUGUUGUCAUUUUUCUCAGCAUCUUUGUCAUCGUAGUAACGUGUUUAAUGAUUAUUCAGAGGUUAAAAAAAAGGUUUCAGCUUUCCCUAAGACAAGAUAAAGAGAAAAACCAGGAGAUCCACCUAUCACCCAUCAUAUUACAGCCAGCCCAGUCUGAAGCGAAGACCAUCCACAGCAUGGUCCAGCCUGAGCAGGCGCCAAAGGUGCUGAGUGUUGUUGUGGACCCUCAAGGUCAAUGCACUCCUGAGAUCAGAACUGCCAGUUCCACUACUGUCUACCCUUCUCCUUUCAAAAUGAAGCCCAUAGGACUACAGGAGAGGCGAGGGUCCAAUGUAUCUCUUACAUUGGACAUGAGUAGCUUGGGAAACGUGGAACCCUUUGUGGCCAUUCCAACCCCACGGGAGAAGGUAGCCAUGGAGUACCUGCAGUCGGCCAGCCGAGUUCUCACAAGGCCACAGCUCAGAGACGUUGUGGCAAGUUCACAUUUACUCCAAAGUGAAUUCAUGGAAAUACCAAUGAACUUUGUGGAUCCCAAAGAAAUUGACAUUCCACGUCAUGGAACUAAAAAUCGCUAUAAGACUAUUUUGCCAAAUCCCCUCAGCAGAGUGUGUUUAAGACCAAAAAAUAUAACUGAUUCAUUGAGCACCUACAUUAAUGCUAAUUAUAUUCGGGGUUACAGUGGCAAAGAGAAAGCUUUCAUUGCCACACAGGGACCCAUGAUUAACACCGUGAAUGACUUCUGGCAGAUGGUUUGGCAGGAAGACAGCCCGGUGAUUGUUAUGAUCACAAAACUCAAGGAGAAAAAUGAGAAAUGUGUGCUGUACUGGCCAGAAAAAAGAGGGAUUUAUGGCAAGGUUGAGGUUCUGGUUAUCAGUGUGAAUGAAUGUGAUAACUAUACCAUUCGAAACCUCGUUUUAAAGCAAGGAAGUCACACCCAACAUGUGAAGCAUUACUGGUACACUUCAUGGCCUGACCACAAGACUCCAGACAGUGCCCAGCCCCUUCUGCAGCUCAUGCUGGAUGUAGAAGAAGACAGACUUGCCUCUGAGGGCCGAGGGCCCGUGGUUGUCCACUGCAGUGCAGGGAUUGGUAGAACAGGGUGCUUUAUUGCUACAGCCAUUGGCUGUCAACAGUUGAAAGAAGAAGGAGUUGUUGAUGUUCUAAGUAUCGUCUGCCAGCUUCGUAUGGACAGGGGUGGAAUGGUCCAAACCAGUGAGCAGUAUGAAUUUGUGCAUCAUGCUCUAUGCCUGUACGAGAGCAAACUUUCAACAGAAACUGUGUAGUGACUUCAUGAAGAUUUACCUGAGCAUCAAUUUCUUGUGGGUGAUUAAUCAAAUUACCUACGUAAGGCUUCCAGAAGGAGCUUCCUGCGAUGGAAGAGGAGCUCUGAAGCCAACCUGUGGCAUAGAUUGUGGAGACCCAGCAACUUGAAAGAUUAUUAGCCCUUUGUGUAUAGGAAUGUAUUUGUAAGCAUCCUCCCCAAAUUAUUUGGAAGGUCCUAUGUUGAUGGAAGUAUGAUCAUUUCUCACACAGCCUAUGGUCGAUUUGGUUUUGUCUCUAUUGACUGUCUACCACACAGAAUGUAUGUAUGUAAUACGUAGUACGUAUGUAAUACAUAAUAUUCAGUGGUAACUGUCAUCAAGUGACGGGAGGAGCUGCUGAAGAAGUCACUAUUGUGUGUUUAGAUGCUUUAAUGUUUGCAAAGUCUGUCUUGUGAAUGGACUGUCACUGUUCAGCUGUUCCUGUUUUAAGUGCUAUUACCUAUCUCAGUUACCAGAAUCUUGCUGCUAAAGUUGCAAGUGAUCAAUAAUGAAUUUUUAACAAAUAAGUUCUUUGUUUUUGAAAAAAACAAUCAAAUGCAGUAACUAUUUUAUAUGGAAAUGUGUCUUGAUAAUAUCUAUUAAAUGUGUAUUUAUAGAACCUUCUAAUCAUCAAUUGUAGAGCACAAUGCACAAUGAUUGUCACUGGAAAUAUAUAUAUACAUAUAUAUGUGUGUAUACAUAUAUAUAUGUAUAUGUAACCUCCUACUCUUAGGCAUAAAGAUGGCUCCUGUUCCAUAACCCUCUGCCACUAUAUUUCUACAUUGUGACUUGUUUUACUUUAAAGAGGGAUAAAUACAUUUAUAGCAACUAUCAAGUAUCAAGAAUUUUAAAUACCUGUCUUUCUUUUACUAAGAAGGGAUUUUUGAAUAUACUGUCUACCUGGAAUCUUUCUCCCAAUAAAAGCCAGGUGUCUUUUGGGGAUGCACCAACCUGUCCUAUUCCAGAGGUUCAUCAUAAGGAUGCCGCUGUGAAUGUCCUCACAUUCUGAAGGGUUUCAGUCCUCAAGAGACAAACAAAGCUAAAACAACUACUCUCAGCAAAGACGAGAUGUUCUGCUCAUAUAUGAAUUUUCAACAUAGCAAUGUUAACUUUCUUUCAUACUGCCAAUAAACGACUC